AUGGCGCGGCGCAUUGUGGCUGCCGCCGCCAUCGUCACCAUCGUCACCCUCUUCUUCCUCGACCGCAAUUUUCGCGUUCUCCCCUCCUCAAUACACGAAUAUCUACCACAGCACCACCCAGGCAUUGUAAUCACAGACAUCACGAUAACGAGAUGCUCUGGCAUCAACCCGUUUUCAUCAUGCAAGCUCGAAGGCGACAGCUGGCACCGCAUAGAGAAGGACCUCUUCCUCGGCAAGGCCCUCACGUCGACCGCAUAUGUGCAUAUCCAAAGGAAAAAAGAGGAGGAGUUAACCCCUGACGACAAGGUUGUCAUGGACAUCACGGUGGGCCGACUCGACCCGGGUUCCAGUGUCAAGGGCCAAGAGGACGAAAGGUGGGAGGCCAGGCCGUCCGGAUUGUGGAUCAAGAGGUCGGCAAAGCGACACGCGAGCGAUUCCAAGUCGGCAGUGACAGGCGUCGACGUGCUCUUUGGGGAUGACGCAGUGGAGGCACGCGAUGGCUGGAACAUAGUGGGCGUCCCGUUGCUUCUGGACUCGGGGUCCAUUCCCGCGGCGCACAUCACCAUCCGCCGAGGCACCCAGCAGCCGGCUCAAAGGCCACAGCCCCGUAUACAUGACACUGGAAAAUUCAAGAUUAUGCAGUUGGCGGAUCUGCACCUGAGUACUGGCGUCGGCGCAUGUCGAGAGGCCGUUCCGGACAGCUACAAUGGUGGCAAGUGUGAGGCCGACCCCCGGACUCUGGACUUUGUGAGCAAGAUGCUCGAUGAGGAACGCCCGGAUAUGGUGGUUCUUAGUGGAGACCAGGUCAACGGCGAAACUGCACCAGAUGCGCAGUCGGCCAUCUUCAAGUACGCUUCGCUCUUGAUCAAGCGUAAAAUACCUUAUGCCUGUAUCUUUGGCAACCAUGAUGAUGAGGGUUCCUUGCCAAGAGCCGCUCAGAUGUCUCUUAUAGAGACCCUGCCCUAUUCCCUUUCUCGAGCUGGGCCAGAGGAUCUCGACGGCGUGGGCAACUACUAUGUGGAGGUCCUCGGUCGCGGCAAGACGACCCACUCGGCGCUGACGGUCUACCUGCUCGACACCCACGCCUACUCGCCCGAUGAGAAGAAGUAUCACGGCUACGACUGGCUCAAGAAGAACCAGAUCGACUGGUUCAAGCAGACGGCCAACAGCCUCAAGCCGAAACAUAAGGAGUAUUCGCACGUGCACAUGGACGUCGCUUUUAUCCACAUCCCGCUCCCCGAGUACAGAGACCCGAAGCAGGUGUUCAAAGGCCAGUGGAGAGAGGCCGUCACGGCGCCUACGUACAAUUCCGGGUUCCGGGACGCCCUUGUCGAGCAGGGCGUCGUGAUGGUCAGCUGUGGACAUGAUCACGCAAACGAGUACUGCGCCAUGUCGAUGAAUACGGAGAAGCAGCUGCCCGCGCUCUGGAUGUGCUACGCCGGAGGUGUCGGGUUCGGUGGCUACGGCGGCUACGGCGGCUUCGUGCGCAGGCUCCGCGUCUUCGACUUUGACUUCAACGAGGCGCGCAUCACGACGUGGAAGCGGGUGGAGUACGGCGACGAGGUGGGCAAGAAGGUCGACGAGCAGAUCAUCGUCGACGCCGGCAAGCCGGUUGCGCCGAUGGAGGGCUAA